AUGACUAUGCGAAGUUUUCUUCCUAUCAAGCUGAAGUCCCUUUACUGGGAGAUUAGUUUGAAUAAACAGAUCUCCAUGAUGAUAUGUAUUGCUUUGAGCUGCAAUAUGGAUCCCAGUUGGCUGCAUGGAGCUGACAGAGUUGUGACAUUUUGCCAUUUGCUGGUCAUGAUGGAAAGAGAUACUGGCCGCCCUCGUGGGUUUGGAUUUAUAACAUUUGCAGAUCGGCGGGGUAUGGAAGAUGCAAUCAGGGAGAUGCAUGGCCGGGAGUUGGAUGGGCGAGUCAUCUCAGUGAAUAAGGCACAACCAAAACUGGAUGGUGAAGAUCCUGGCUAUGGCUAUGACCGGGAACAUGUGUCAGGUGGCAGGGACAGUUACAGAGGAGGGGACAAGACAGUAGGGCGAUCUGACUGCUUCAAGUGUGGCCGACCUGGGCACUUUGCCCGAGAAUGUCCUUCAGGUGGUGGUGGUGGUGGCCGAUUCUCUUCGCAGUCUAGGUUUGGUGGAAGUGCUGUCCAUGGUGAUCGCCCUAGAGUGGACCGUUUUGACGAUCGGUAUGAUGGGGGACGUUUUGGAGACAGGGAGCGCAUGGAUAGCAGGGACAGCCGCUAUGGGAGUCGUGAUCGAUAUGCUGACAACAGGUAUCCACUGGGUGGUGAUCGGUUUGCAGGUGAUAGGUAUAUGGAUCGGGGACCUCAGAAUGGGUAUGGCAAGGAUAGAGGUUAUAGUAGGGAUGGAGACCUAAGAGCUGCUGGUGAUACAUAUGGAAGUGGAGGGCCGGCCCGCCAUGACAGGGGAAGCUAUAGAGACAGGCCUGCUCCUUAUGACCGACCAAGGAGGGGAGGAGGUCGUCCUCCAUCUUUUGACCGCUACUGA